AUGGCAUCUGUUUCACAAUGCCAACCCUGUUCUAAACUCAAUAAAUCAGUUCAAGCUGAUAAAUGGUGUACGAAUUGUGAGCAUUUUCUAUGUGAUAAAUGUGUUACUGUGCAUAAAGAAAGUCCAGUGUCACAGUCACAUCAUACUAUUGACAUUCAAGUUACGUCUAUAUUAAACGUUGAAACUGUGACAUCGCCUAAACAAUGUGCAAGUCAUCCUAAGCUGACAUUGGAUUUCCUUUGUACACAGCAUGAUACUCUCUGUUGCAAAAUGUGCAUCUCGGAUAAUCAUCUUUUAUGCGAUAAAGUCGAUACGAUUCAGGAAGCAAGCAAAAAAGUAACGAAGUCGACUCUAUACCAUGAUACAGAUGACGAAAUGAAGCAAAUACUUGAAACACGAAAACGUAUUAUUCAAAACAGAAAUGAAAUAAAAGAAAGGAUUGUUCACGAAGAAAAUCACAUUGUGAGAAAAAUUGCAAAAGUAAAGGCUUCGCUAAUCCAACAGCUUGAUGUAAUUGAAAAUAGUAUCCGAUCAGAGUUACAGAAUGCACGAAAGAAUGCAGUUAGGUUAUUGGAAUCUGAAAAGGUCGAUUCCAAAAAAUCAGUUGCAAAGUUAGAAAAAUAUUUGGGACAACUGGACGUUUUUACCAAAAACGGAUCUGAUCCGGAUGUUUUCCUUCUUCUGCAUGAAUUACAGCCCGUUGUCAGCGAAGAAAAUAGUUUUCUGGAGAACAUUCUUCCUAAUCUUUCCGAACCUCGAUUGAUAUUUCAAGAGCCUAAUCAGAAUUUUGUGGCAGAUAAAUGGCUAGGAUCUGUUACUAUGAAAGAAGAGAAGUCAGGUCUGAAACAUUGUCCAUCUAAGCAUAUGCAGGCUCAAAUUAUCUCGGCUCCGAAAUCUUUCAAGCUGUGCGAUCGCAUCGAUAUCAAAAACGGUGAUGUCACUGGUCUUACAACUGACAGUAACGCUAACCUUGUUAUAACAAGUCGCGAUCGUCUUUUGUCAUAUAGUGAAAAUGGAAAAUUCAUUAAUGAAUGCAAGUUAGGCGGUGAUGCGUGGGAUGUUUCAUUUCAUUCAAUGUCAGGAAAUGUUGUUGUAGCAUUACAAGAAAAUGGUAUACAACUGGUUAAUAAUUUUACCCCAGGACGCGUUCUUAAAUGUAAAAAUGCUGUUUGGGGAGUUUCAUUUGGCAACGAAAAUAUUUUUGUCGGAGAUACCAAAGGAAAUUUGCAUAUAUUCAAUUAUGAGCUAAGACAUUUGAAGGCAUUUAAGAUUGGUAGAGACGAUUUAUAUUAUGUACAUUACAGAAGUAACAAAAUCUAUAUUUCCGAACCUAUUUCCGAUGUAGUACAUUGUAUAAAUGAUGACGGCAGUCAAAUAUUCAAUUUCAAUUCAUCCGCAUUAGAAAUGCCCAAUGGUAUAGCAACAGAUCGUUCGGGCAAUGUGUACGUCGUUGGCCGUGAUUCACACAAUAUUCAUCGUCUGUCUACAAAUGGAAAGAAGAGCGAAGUUGUUUUGGGACCUGUGGAUGGCAUAAAAGAUCCGUGUGCUAUUUGUUUCAGUAGAGAUUAUAGAAAACUCUUUCUAUCAAAUGAAGAUGGUACAAGUGUGUAUGUGUAUGAAUGUCAAUAUUAA